GUGGUCAGUCAGCCAAAAUGCGCUGUUCGAAUUCAGAUUAUCUGUUUGUGGUUGUGUUGUUUAGCUACUACAUUCGAAACUCAAGAACCGUCGCCGAAGACAUUUGCAGUAGGCCUAAGGAUUGUGGUAUUUGUGAUACUUUGAUUUGUAAAGGACCUGACUCCUGUACAUGCCAUUAUUGUGGCGAUUGUAUUUCUAUGUUCGUGGACUGUGAAUCAAAGUACCUGAAAAAGGUGCCAAACCUCGAAACCAAUACGAAACACCUGAAUCUACAAAAUAAUUACAUUGCAAAAUUAGACAAAAAUAGCUUUAGCAAUGUAAUUGCUCUCGAAUCUUUAAAUUUAGCAAAAAACAAAUUGGUGUCUACCAACAUAAAUAAGGAAGCUUUUAGAGGUCUGGAUAAGUUGCAGUGUCUUUCACUAGCGGAAAAUAACCUAAAACAGAUACAUAUUAUGUGGUUUGCAGAUCUAAGGAGCCUCACAACCCUCAUGCUUCAAAAUCUUAAUUUAAUGAACAUUAGCGAAGGUGUGUUCACGAACUCCCCAAACUUGGAAUGGAUAAGCCUGGGCAAUAAUAACAUACAAUCUCUUCCUAGUACUCUAUUCUCAAAACAGACUGGACUUAAUCAAUUGGAAUUAUACAACAACUUAAUUAAGGAUAUUCCGGACGCGUUUUUAGAAACUUCUAAAAGUAGCAUUACUGAUCUGUUUCUACACGAUAAUUUGAUAGAAACUAUAAAUUCUUCACUGGGAUUGCAAUAUCUGACGAACUUAACGCAUUUAUCAGUAUAUAGAAACCCAUUUAAAUGCAACUGUGACUUGGUGUGGUUUAUAAAUUGGACACAAAAUAACAAAAAGAGAUUUUUAUUUUUGUAUAACACAAAUAUUACGGCUCUCUGUGAUAAUAUCGAUAAUACUUUGGGGAAUUUAAAUUUAGGAGAUCUUCACUGUAACUGGAUUUGGUGGGAGGUGGCGGUUGGUGUGAGUUUAGCUAUUUUACUUGCUAUUUUCUAUUUGAAGCUUCCUUUUAUCAGACGGUGUAUCUCAGACCUGAUCCACAAACAGCAUUAUAUAAAACUACAAUCAACAGCAGCAGCAGAGGAACGUGGUUGAAUAUUGGAAGAAAAAGUUAUAAAGAAAUAUUAUUAAUACAUUUCAAUAAAUAUAAUAAUGAAAAUGGAAGCCAAGCAUCUUUACGACUAGGCUAUUACUCCAGUUAUGUGUAGACCUAUAUUAAUGUGUUUCAGUGCAGUGGAUAAUAAAUAUGUAAUCCAUUUCCCGUUUUUCGGUGACGAAAUUUUACUGACUGUAUAACAAACUUCAUUGAAAAUACAAAAUUCAUUUUUUAACAACAUUAUUUUGAGACUUGGUUUAAGGUUGUUGUUAUGGGGAACAAUUCUUGAUACAACUGAGGACUUUUGAAUUAGAAGUCGAUAGUUAAUUAUUAAUUAUACCGUUUAAAUUCAAAUUGAAGGACAUCAUAUUUGGGUAUGGACAAAAUGUUUGUUACUAUUUACCACCUGCACAAAUCUGGUAGAAAUCGUAGCACCAUCCUUUUGGGCGUCGUACUACCAUUAAGGGCAUUUUGAGUUCCUAUUUAUAUCAAUUAAAAUAUUGUAAAACAACAAUUUUAUGCUAACACGAAGCUACAAAGUAUUGAACGAGAAGUUGUCGCAUUGAAAAACCCAAAACACGCAAGAAUUUGUUAUUUAACGUUAUUACAGGGUAGAAGGUGGCAUUCAGUAUUCAAGUAUUAAUUUAUUAACCCCUAAAAUAUAAAUCAUUUAAGAUUAAAAUAAAAUAAUGAGUGAGGACUAAGGAAAGUCUAGGCCUUUUUAGCAUGUACUCUAGUAUAAUUCUGUACUAUAAUGUUUAUCUAACUGUUUGUUCCAACAUUAUAAACAAAAA